AAUGUAGAACUGGAAGAAUAAACACCUAACUGCACCUAAUAAUACAGGUAACGUAUGACGUGACGAAAGUACAGAGUUGUCAGGGAGGGCAGCCGCCAUUACGAUCUGAUGAUGGACCCCCAUACCAGUGCCCAGGACGUGAUGCGAUGUGACCUGUGUGAGACCGCCGUGGUACAGAUGUACUGUGAUACGUGCCUCGUCAAUCUGUGUAAGGCCUGCGUGGGAGAACACACGUUUUCUGAUGAAUCCAAGAAACAUGAAAUUCUAAGGUUUCAAAAAUCCACCCCCCUCUACCCUGGAUGUACCUCUCAUGACAAAGAACGAUGUGAAAUGUACUGUAAUCCGUGUCAUAUCCCGGUCUGUCAUACCUGUCUGGCAUCAAAGCAACAUUUAAGUCAUGAAUUAUCAAAAAUAUUGCAAGUCUUGGAGGAAAAGAAAGAAAAGAUUGCCAAAAAGAAAAAUGAAUUAAAUGAAACAAUUUAUCCAGCCUACCAGGACAUUGUAUCUGAUGUACAAAACAGAAUGAGUCAGUUAGAAAAGAAAUAUGUAGAUCUCUUAACAGCCAUAACAAAACAUGGAGAGGACUGGCACAGAGAAAUUGACAAACUUGUCCAGAAACUGAAAGCUGAAGUGGAGGAGAUGAAAACCACACAGUUACACACUCUACAGAAACAUCUGGAUGAAGUGAACAAGAAAAUCUCUGACAUCAACGAUGAAAUCAAUUCAAUUGAUGUUGCUUUGGACUCUAAUGACAUGUCAAAAGUAUUCAGUGUUAAGUCUAAUGUAGAGGAAUACAAAAAUCUUCCACAGAAAAUUCUGCCAUCUUUAACUAAAUUCACCCCAGGAAGAAUUCAAGGAGAAGAGCUAUGUAAACUGUUUGGAACUUUAUCAUCAAUUUCUGCCCCAUCGGAAGAACAUGGUUACAGUAUAAAGACAACACAGAAAUCCCCAGAAGGUACAUCCUCUCCUGUCAUCAAACAGCUGCUUGAUGAACCAGAGACUAUAACCACCAUAAACACUGGGGGUGAAUACAAUUACAAUGCGUAUGAAUACCUUUACAAUGUAGCCUGUCUGAGUGAUGAAGAAAUCUGGACAAGUAGAGGUAAUAGCACAAUGAAACUCUUCAGCAUCAAUCUGGGAUCACUACUCACGUCAAUCAUAACCGAUUCAGGGUACACUCCAGGGGAGUUAGCAGUGACGAAUGAUGGGGAUCUGAUUUAUACUGAUUACAAUAGAACAGUGAACAUUGUGAAGAAUGAAGAGAUACAGACUGUGAUCACACUACAGGGGUGGAUACCUCUCACGGUCUGCAGUACCUCCUCUGAUGAUAUCCUGGUUAUCAUGGAUAGUGAUGAUUACAAACAAUCCAAAGUUCUGCGUUACUUUGGAUCCACGGAGAAACAAACCAUUCAGUAUGAUAAACAGGGCCAACCUCUCUAUUCAUCUGAUUAUAAUUACAAAUACAUAAGUGAGAACCGGAACCUGGACAUUUGUGUGGCUGAUAAUGGAGCUAAAGCAGUAGUGGUGGUCAAUCGGAUCGGGAACCUGAGAUUUAGGUACACUGGAAAUAUACCUGCUCCAAAGAAGAAAUCAUUCUGUCCACUAGGAAUCACUACAGACAGUCAGAGUCACAUCCUUACAGCUGAUUAUGACAAUCACUGUGUCCACAUUAUAGACCAGGACGGACAGUUCCUCCGUUACAUAGACUGUGGAAUGAGCGAACCAUGGGGACUGUGUAUAGAUACAAACGACAAUCUGUUUGUUGCUCAAUUGAAAAAGAAAGAAGUAAAGAAAAUCAAAUAUCAACAAAUUGGACUCUCACACAGAAUCCCAGACAUGAUACUCUCGACUCAUAGUUAUCAUCUCUUUACUCAUCAAACACUUCAAAAUGCUUCAGAAUUUGGGGUCAUUGGUGUGGGAGGAAGCUCGUGUAUACAUGGAGGAAUCCCACAUGUCCGAGUGGACGACCACAAUACCCUGUAUAGUGAAAUAGCAAGUCCACAAUCCACAGCAGAUCUGAUGAUGGACCCCCGUACCAGUGCCCAGGACGUGACGCGAUGUGGCCUGUGUGAGACCGCCGUAGUACAGAUGUACUGUGAUACAUGCCUCGUCAAUCUGUGUAAGGCCUGCGUGGGAGAACACAUCGCAACUGAUGAGGAUCAUAAAGUCGUUAAAUUUCAGUCCAAAAAACCCACCUCCCUUCACCCUGAAUGUACCUCCCAUGACAAAGAACGAUGUGAAAUGUACUGUAAUCCGUGCCAUAUUCCGGUCUGUAUGACAUGCAUGGCAUCCAAUCAUCAUUUAGGUCAUGAAUUAUCAAAAAUAUUGCAAGUCUUGGCAGAAAAGAAAGAAACCAUUGCCAAGGAGAAAAAAGAAUUAAAUGAAACAAUUUAUCCAGCCUACCAGGACAUUGUAUUUGAUGUACAAAACAGAAUGAGUCAGUUAGAAAAGAAAUAUGGAGAUCUCUCAACAGCUAUAACAAAACAUGAAGAAGACUGGCACAGAGAAAUUGACAAACUUGUCCAGAAACUGAAAGCUGAAGUGGAAGAGAUGAAAACCACACAGUUACACACUCUACAGAAACAUCUGGAUGAAGUGAACAAGAAAAUAUCUGACAUCAACGAUGAAAUCCAUUCAAUUGAUGUUGCUUUGGACUCUAAUGACAUGUCGAAAGUAUUCCGUGUUAUGUCUAAUGUGGAGGAAUACAAAAAUCUUCCACAGAAAAUUCUGCCAUCUUUACCUGAAUUCACUCCAGGAAAAAUUCAAGGAGAAGAACUAAGUAAACUGUUUGGAACCUUAUCAUCAAUAUCUGUCCGAUCAGAGGAACAUGGUUACAGUAUAAAGACAACACAGAAAUCCCCAGAAGCUGCAUCCUCUCCUGUCAUCAAACAGCUGCUUGAUGAACCACAGACUGUCACCACCAUACACACUGGGUAUGAAUACCUUUCCAAUGUGGCCUGUCAGAGUGAUGAAGAAAUCUGGACACGGGGAGAUAACAGCACAAUGAAACUUUUCAGCAUCAAACAGGGAUCACUUCUCAAGUCAACCAGAACCAAAUCAAGGAUCACUCCACAGGACAUAACAGUGACAAACAGUGGGGAUCUGGUUUAUACUGAUUACAGAGAUAGAACUGUAAACAUUGUGAAGAAUGAAGAGAUACAGAUCGUGAUCAGACUACAGAACUGGAAUCCUCGUGGUGUAUGCAGUACCUACUCUGAUGAUCUCCUGGUUACCAUGAAUAGUGAUGAUAAGAAACAAUCCAAAGUUGUGCGUUAUUCUGGCUCCACAACAACACAAACCAUUCAAUUUGAUGAGCAGGGUCAUCCUCUCUAUUCAUCGGUUUACAAUAAAUACAUUAGUGAGAACAGGAACCUGGAUAUCUGCGUGGCUGACCGUGAAGCUAAAGCAGUAGUGGUGGUCAAUCGAGCCGGGAAACUGAGAUUCAGGUACACUGGAAAUACUCCUGCUCCACACAACAAACCAUUCUAUCCACGAGGAAUCACCACAGACAGUCAGAGUCACAUCCUUACAACUGAUUAUAACAAUCACUGUGUCCACAUCCUAGACCAGGACGGACAGUUCCUCCGUUACAUAGAUUGUGGACUGAGUGAACCAUGGGGACUGUGUAUAGAUACAAACGACAAUCUGUUUGUUGCUCAAUGUGGAAACAAAAAGGUGAUGAAAAUCAAAUAUCAGCAGUAAAAUUAAAGACCAGUGGUGGAGUUAGACAGCACCAUUCCUCCUAAAAUUUAAUGUGUGUGCAUGUACACAUGUAUUGCUGGCAAGAAACCUAUCCAGUGUUUCAAACGUCUUCUUUUUCAGUAUAUCAAAUACAUUUAGAAAUGUUUCCGAAAGAGACAAAUAAAGUAAAUUUACAGGUACAUAUGUAUGAUUGAAUUUACGAGAUUAAUCACUGUUUGUUUUCUUCACUUUUUAUGUCCAAAUGUAUUGCUAAAAAUAAACGAAUGAUAUAUGUGUA